AUGCUCUUGGAUGGAAAAUUAUAAUUCUCUUCAAGUGGAAAGAAUUGGGCAAUUAUCUCCAUUUGGGGCACCAGCUUUGCAUUUCGGCAAGGAUAUCCCGAGAAAAGAAUCCUUCCAUUGCAGAUUGCAGAUUUGGAGGCAACUAGUCUACAUGAAGCCAGCUAGCCAGGGAAGUUCACAAAUUACAACAUUCUUUGCUUUCGAGGAUCCUUCACGAUACAGGGUAUACACCUUGUCCUUCAAUCAAAACCAUGGGCUUUCUAUUUUUUCCUGGGGGCAAGAAGACAGAGAAGAAGAGUGGCAAAUCCACCAAGAACAAAGGGGGUUCCAAGAAGCAAUCCAAGAAGCCCAAGAAUGCUGCUGAUCCCAGUGAAACGAUCUUCGAGUCUCAAUUCUCCUCCCACUCCUCUUCAUCUUCCAUCAAGCUCACGAACGAACAACUCGUGAGAUAUUAUAUGCACGCCAAAAACCGGCACGCCACCACGGAGGAAUUGCUUCCACUCUUCCAUGAAACAGCCACAGUCAAGUUUGAUGAUCAGGGGUGCUUGACAGCGGUUCAGUUGGUAACAGAGAUCCACAAGCUCUAUCAAGCCUUUGAAGAUUUGUCCUUUAGCUUUGAGUCUGUCAAGGAAGUCAGACCUGGAGAAGUUCUGGUGGAACAAUUGGUUGUGAGCGGCACCCACACCGGCAAUCUCAUCUUUAUGGAUUUGCCAGCCAUUCCUGCCAGUGGGAAACAUGUGGUUUUGGAUCCUGAACGUGUUUGGGUCAAUGUGGAAGAUGGAAAGAUUGCCAAGAUGGAUGUCAUGGCCUUGGGAAACCUCACGGGUCCACCCGGACUGUAUGUGUCCGUUGGUGGCAAACUCCAGAAUCCAUGUGAGUGAGCGUCAAUACGAUGGGCGAUGAUUCCAUGCUGCACGAAGGUUGUAGAUUGAAACAGUAACGAAUACGUAGUGUAUUUUUCAAUGUCAAAAA